AUGGCUACGAAAUGCUUUUCCGGGAAACUAUUAAAACAGGAUCUUACUUGUGUUGUUCAAAAACGUUGGGCUCACAAUCAUCAUAAAUUUGUCAUUGUUGGUGGUGGAUCGGCUGGAAUUACAAUUGCACAUCAAAUCUGGAAUAAGUUUGAUGCUAAUCGCAAUUCGGCUUUACAAGAUGAAGAACGCUUGAAGCCAGGAGACAUUGCUAUUGUUGAUGCAGCAAAGUAUCAUUACUACCAGCCGGGCUGGACCCUGGCUGGCGCUGGUUUGUCUUCAGUUGCCGCAACAAGGCGGGAGUUAGCUAGUCUUGUUCCAGCUAAAUUCGCUUUACAUCCCGAGUACGUCUCAAAAUUGCAACCAGGGCAGAAUGCUGUUAUCACGAAGAGUGAAAACGUGAUUAGCUACGAUUACCUUGUGAUUGCCGCGGGUAUACACUCAGCGUUUGAGAACAUUAAGGGACUUACUAAUUCUCUUGAUGAUUCUAACGUUCCUGUUUAUACAAUCUAUUCGGAGAAAUAUGCUGAUUCGGUAUUUCCCGCUAUAAAAAAACUGAAAACUGGUAAAGCAAUAUUUACCCAACCUUCCGGUGUCCUAAAAUGUGCUGGUGCUCCCCAAAAAAUUAUGUGGAUGGCUGAAGAUUAUUGGAGCCAUCACGGUGUAAGAAAUAAAAUUAAUCUUGUAUUUAAAACAGGAAUGCCAACUUUAUUUUCUGUGAAGAAGUAUUCCGAUGCAUUGGAGCGGCAGAAUGAAACCGAAAACAGAAACGUUGACUUGCAAUACAAACAGGAGCUCAUUGAAGUCCGUGGUCGUGAGAGGAUAGCAGUUUUCAAAAACAAGGACACGAAUGAUACUUAUGAGGAAAAGUUCGACUUCCUUCAUGCUGUUCCUCCUAUGACGCCUCAUAAAUUCAUUGCCGAGAGUGAGCUGGCAGAUGCUUCUGGUUUUGUCGCUGUGGAUUCUGCUACCUGUCAGUCGACAAAGUUUCCUAAUGUUUUUUCCCUGGGCGAUGCCUCUGGGUUACCAACUAGUAAAACAUUGCAGCCAUUACUUCCCAAGCACCUGUACUCACUCAUAACUUAUGGAAUUAUGCUCACGGUCGAGAACUCAAUGCUCAGUAUUACCGGAUACUCCUCAUGCCCUCUCCUAACUCGAUACGGAAAAUUAAUAUUAGCUGAGUUUUUGUAUGGUGGCAAGCCAGCUGAAACUUUUGGCAAGUGGACGUCUUUAUUAGACCAAGGAACACCUCGACGGUUGUUUUACUAUUUAAAGAAGGACUUUUUCCCUUACGUCUACUGGCAUACUGCCAUGAAAAAUGGACGCUGGUAUGGUUCUCAUGGAUUCAUUCCACCUCGCUUUCCAAACGAUUAA